UGAAGGCGCCGAAUUCAUUAGCAACCGCCGUGGGCCAUCAUCUCCGCUCCACUCCGGUUCCUCUGAAUAUGGUUUCUGGUUAUUCUUAAUUCAUCCAUUCAUCUUAUAGCUACUACGGAGCACCUUCUAUACAUAUAUCGCUAUCCUAGCAGAUGGACACGCACACCAUGGCGGAACCAGCCUCUCACUACGUUCCUCUGGACGUACCUCUGCCUCCAGUCCCAGCCACUAAAAUCUUCACAGAGCAACAAUGGACCACUCUUCUAUCGUUGGCUGACACGGUCAUUCCUUCGAUCCGGAGUCCUACUGCAAAUAAAUCAGCCUCGACCAAGGUCAUCCCGCACUCCGAGCUGAACAAGUCUCUGGCGACAUUGACUAAAUCCAUUCACUCUCCGGACGCUGGCACCAUUGCAGCACAGUACCUAGAGGAAGACGCGUCGUCAAACCCUCUGUUUCGGGAAGGCUUGCAGCGCCUAUUCGCGCAGUAUGUGCACGACGAAGGGAGAAAUGGCCUGGGAUUUAUUCUCAAUGCUCUCAAUACUCGGGCGGGAUCGCUGCUCCUGACAGGAUCUGUAACUCCGAUCCACGAACAACCGUUACACGUCCGGGAAGAGAUCUUCCGAGGAUGGGAGACGUCUCGGCUGAGUCCGCUGCGCGGUGUCUACAGGGCUUGCACGGGUAUGUUCAAGCAAACUUGGGUCAAGUUCAGCCCGACUCUUGCUCCUGUACUGGGCUUCCCAAGAGUGCCAGUGCACGGCAAGCCCGCCGAUGGUUUCAAGCACACCUUCCUCCAGUUUCCUGCCGCAGAUGAGCCGGAGACCAUUGAGACCGACGUCGUCAUCGUUGGCAGUGGUUGCGGUGGUAGCGUGGCUGCGAAGAACCUGGCCGAAGCAGGCCACAGAGUACUAGUGUUGGACAAAUCUUAUCACUACACUUCAAACCACUUUCCCAUGAACUUCAACGAGGCCUUUACUAGCAUGUUCGAGUCAGGGGGUGCCGUCGUGACCGAUGAUGGCUCGAUGGCUGUUCUGGCCGGUUCAACCUGGGGUGGCGGUGGCACGGUCAAUUGGUCCGCUGCCCUGCAGACCCAGGGAUUUGUGCGCGAGGAAUGGGCGAAGAAUGGCCUGCCUUUCUUCACCUCGAUGGAGUUCCAGAACUGUCUGGACCGUGUCUCGGAACGGAUGGGGGUCGACGUUGAGCAUAUAAAGCACAACAAGACAAACCGCUUCAUCCUCGAAGGAGCUCGAAGAUUGGGCUACGCUGCGAAGACCGUACCACAGAAUACGGGCCACACUGAGCAUUAUUGUGGCUACUGUACGCUUGGCUGCCAUUCCACGGGGAAGAAGGGCCCCACGGAAACUUUCCUGGCAGAUGCCGCGACAGCCGGCGCAACCUUCAUUGAAGGCUUCCGUGCAAACAAAAUCCUGUUCACUGACACUAAAGAUGGCCAGGUAGCGUCGGGGGUGGAGGGAGUAUGGACAUCCAGGGAUGCAUACCUAGGUCGUUCAGGUGCAACCGCAGUUACGCGGAAUGUCACCAUUAAGGCGAAGCGGGUUGUCGUCUCUUGCGGCACUCUGCAAAGCCCUUUGCUACUGCUUCGCAGUGGAUUGAAGAAUCCCCAGAUUGGCCGGAAUCUCCACCUCCAUCCUGUUGCAAUUGCGGGUGCAGUGCUAGAUGAGGAGUUCCGCCCUUGGGAAGGCGCUGCGCUGACCACCGUUGUCAGUGAGCUCGAGAACCUAGAUAACCAAGGUCAUGGAGUUAAGAUCGAGGCCUUAUCAAUGGUGCCCGCGGCUUUUCUCCCUCUAUUCCCCUGGCGCAAUGGUCUCGACUAUAAGCUCUGGGUGCAGAAGUUGCCUCGCAUGGCCGGUCUUAUCAUGCUUGCGCGCGAUCGAGGCACUGGGCGGGUUUAUCCAGACCCGGGUGAUGGACGCAUUCGCAUUGACUAUGCUGUUUCACCCACGGAUCGUAAGCACAUUGUCGAAGGUAUAAUUGCCAGUGCAAAGAUGGCAUAUGUUUCGGGCGCAAAGGAGUUUCACACUUCAUGGCGCGAAGUGCCCCCGUUCAUCCGCCCGGUGGAAUCCGAUGCCGAGGAUACAGAAGGUGCCAAUAAUGCAGCACUUCAGGCUUGGAUCGCGGAAGUGCGUCGCAAGAAACCCCUUGAUCCGGAGCGAACCAUGUUUGCCAGUGCGCAUCAGAUGGGGACAUGUCGAAUGGGCAAAUCACCAAGGACCAGUGUGGUGGAUUCGGACUGUCAAGUCUGGGGCACCCGGGGUCUGUAUGUGGUGGAUGCCUCCGUCUUCCCCAGCGCCAGUGGCGUCAACCCCAUGCUCACCAACAUGGCCAUUGCCGACCGGGCUAGUCGUAAUCUGGCCCGAUCGAUGCGGAGGGGUGAUCAGAACUUCCAUGCUCGUUUGUAAAUGAAUCCUUCUGCUCGUGCAGCAAGCCCUACCUGUCCCUUGUCCAUACAUUCAUACCAGACACAUUCAUAGCAGGGCUGCUGGUUGUGGCUGGACCCAUAAUGGUAUAUAUCGCUAGCAGAGAAUCAAUACAUU